AUGCUAUUUCUACCUGUCUUUCUGUUGUUAAUAUGGAUACGAGCUGUUGUCUUGCUAGAUUUGAUGAGCGAUACAUGGACGGCAACCGAUGGCCUUGGUCGUUCUCUCCCCAAAACAGUACCGUCACCACGAGCAGAUCGAUUCGUUGGGAUGUUCUAUUUUCUCUGGCUUGGCUUUGAAUCACCUGAUGGACCAUUUGACAUCAGUAAAAUUCUCACAGCUCAUCCAAAUGCAAUGUUAGAACCGAAUAAUUCCGCAUGGGGGCCGAUGACUCAUUAUCAUCACUGGGGUGAACCUUAUUUUGGCUACUAUCGUUCAAACGAUCAAUGGGUUAUUCGGCGACAUGCGAGAAUGCUGGUCAAUGCUGGUGUUGAUGUUAUCUUCUUCGAUGUCACAAAUACUGCUGUUUAUCUCGAGUCUUUUCGAGCUAUAUGCCAAGCCUUUUCCGAUGUGCGUGCUGUAGGAGGGUCAACACCGCAAGUUGCAUUUCUCACACCUUUUGGAUCACCGCUCGGAACGGUGCAAGUUCUUUUCGACAGUAUUUAUAAGAUAAACUAUCAUCCGGAACUGUGGUUUCGAUGGGAAGGCAAACCAUUCAUCCUUGCCAAUCCACAAUCCUUUCAAACACGUCCGGAUAUUUUAAAUUUUUUUACUUUUCGGACGCCUCAGCCUGAUUAUUUCACUGGGCCAACUGGUGCCAAUCAAUGGGGUUGGUUAGAAAUAUAUCCUCAACACGUCUACAAAACUAGUGCAAACAUAUCGGAACAAAUGACUGUUGGUGUCGCACAGAACGCCGUUGGCAAUCGACUGGGAUCGAUGAGUGAAGUUGGUUCUCAUGGGCGUAGUUUUCAUAACAAUACUAUUCCAUCAGGUAAUACAUUAACACCGUACGGAUUAAAUAUGCAAGAGCAAUGGGAACGCGCCAUAGAAAUUGAUCCACAAUUUGUAUUUGUUACUGGUUGGAAUGAAUGGAUUGCUAUGCGUCUAUCGGAAUUCGCUAGUAUAAAACUUCCAGUUAUGUUUGUCGAUGAAUUCGAUUGGGAACAUAGUCGUGAUAUUGAGCCUUGUGCUGGAGGAGUUAACGGAGGGUAUCCUGAAGGAAAUCAUUAUCAGGAUGCGUACUAUUAUCAAUUAGUGAGCAAUGUUCGUCGUUAUAAAGGCGCUCGAUCUGUUCCAAUACCUACUGAACCGAAAACCAUCAAUAUUGGACAAGAUUUUACGCAAUGGGAAACGGUUGGACCAUCAUUCAUUGAUUAUAUCAAUGACGUAGAACAUCGCAAUGAGACUGGAUACAACACUAGUAUGCACUACCGGGAUGAUACAGGUCGAAAUGACAUUAUCUUAGUCAAAGUAGCGAGAGACAUGAACAAUGUUUACUUUUAUGCUCGAACUAAUAACACGCUGACGAAUGCGAAUAAUAGUUCUAACUGGAUGUUACUCUUUAUUGAUAUUGAUCAAAAUUUUACAACAGGAUGGGAAGGAUUUGAUAUUGUAGUUAAUCGUCACAUUAAUGGUUCGCUUACAUCUAUAGAACGAAGUCAAUCUGGCUGGAUUUGGCAACUCGUUUCACAAAUUGCUUUUGCCACCGUUAACCAUGAAUUACACUUCGCUAUUCCCAGAGCGUUAUUAGGUUUCAACAGCACAGCUCCUGUCAAGGUUAAUUUCAAGUGGGUAGAUAAUAUGAUACGUGAUGGCGAUAUUCUCAGUCUUUUUCAAAAUGGAGACACUGCUCCGGAUGGUCGGUUCAGUUAUGUAUUUAAUGGUUAG